UACGUUUACAUACCUAACUAAUUGUGUUCAAACAUUAAACUCUAGGGAAGGUUUUAUUUGGAAACACGAUGAUUACCUGAAAAGUCUUCCUCCACACCCUGCUUUUGGGAAGGGCGUGGGCAGUGAUGAAGAUGGACAUAAAAAGAGGGAGACAGCAACAGAGAGAUAGAGCAGCAGUUUCGAGACAGAAACAUCMCCAGACGAAUCUGUCCAACCAACUGAAGCAACAUCCACAGAGAGCCUCCUGACUCUUCAUCAUCCUCAUCCUCCAAACAGUCUCAGAUAAGCUGCUGGACAAAUCUGCAACAUGCUCCGCCCCCUGAUCUACCUGUGUGUUCUCCUGGCACUGACAGAGGCACAACGUAUCCCCUGUGGAGGCAAGAGUUGCUCUUCAGGCUACGACUGCCUCACUAUGAAAAAUGGUCUUCAGUGUGCCGACCCCUGUUACCAAUACACUGUGAUGAAUGACCCCUGGCGUUCAGUAGAUUACUCAGACAACACCAACAUACACGGUGACCAAGAUGCUACUUUUCAAGGCUGGUAUCGCUUGCGUCUUGGGACAAGUGAAGCUCAACUUCCAGAGAAGUGUGUACCGGUAAMGAAGUGUGGAACCCAUGGUCCYAUGUGGCUGAAUGGACCCCAUCCCACCCAGCUGAAUCAAAUUCAUGAUUGCUCAGUGUGUACUGCCUGGGAUGAUAGCUGCUGUAAAUAUCCCCAACWCAACAUCCAGGUUAAACUGUGCCCUGGCCAAUUCUACAUCUACAAACUUGUGAUACCAAGUUACAGAGACACUGCUUAUUGUUCAGUUCCUAAACCACCACCACCACCACCACCCCAUGUAUAUACAAUCCCAACAACAACCCCAACAACUACUACUACAACACCACCAACUAAAACAACUACAACACAACCGACUACAACAACUACAACACAAUCGACUACAACUACAACACCACCGACUACAACCUGYRACGUUCAGUACUAYGAUGAUCCUGACAGUUGUGUCAACUGCACCAAGGCGACUGAACACUGUAACAUGUUGACAAAAGCACCCUUCGMCUCCUAUAAUGCCAACAUUGACCCAACACCAUACAUCAAUGCCUGCAAGGAAACUWUGUGCAAAUAUCCAUCAGAGGACGGCCUCAUGACUCAGUUCCUGUGGGCCUAYGCCAGAGCCUGCAGYUUGUAUGGCAACAAUGACCUGGGAGACUGGUGGACCCAGGCUGACUGCACCCCACCUAAGGCAUUUUGCAUGGACAAACUCUGUAGUGACCAUGAGUUCUGUGGAUGGAACAUCAAUGGACAACCUGCCUGUCUUUGCAGAGCUCUGUUUGCCUACAAGUAUAAGAAGUCCAACACUCUGGGUGAACCAACUGUCUGUAAGCAUAAUACUGCUUCAGUCACUCUUGCUAAAUGUCUCCUGGAGGAAAAAUGCAUCGACUACAAAGWCUUAMAUCUYAAUGACCCRACCUGYAAGGGUGCCCUSGACAACMAGACCAACAUGGUGACUUUCAGCUUCAACACCCAAAACCUCUGUGGAGCAGAGAUCUCGUAUGAAGAAAACAMAAUAGACUAUGUAAACACCAUCAUAAGUCAGAACAACACCGGCCUCAUCACCCGCAAUGACCAAGUGUUCAUUGAGUUCUCCUGCUAUCGUCCUCAACCUGAACWGAAGAGYGUGUGCUUCAGGAUCAAAGAYAACAGCUACGUGGGCAACAGAUCAUGUGGAGAAUGGAAUUACACUGUGUACAUGACGCCCUAUAUWGAUGCAAAAUGCUCKAAAGYUGUAGCWACAGAAACUGAUGUGAAGCUCAACCAGAAGGUCUGGGUGGAGCUGAAGACCUAUGGGCUGGAUGAUGACAGCAUCGCUGUGGUGACCGACUCAUGCUGGGCAACCAGUGACCCGAACCCUGACAGCACGCCCAGAUAUGACAUGAUCAUAGACGGCUGUGCCAGCCCUGAAGAUGAGACAGUUCAGGUGACAGGAAAUGGAAUAGGAACUUCCAACCGCUUCUCCUUCAACAUGUUUGAGUUUUCCAGACAUCCUGAUAAAAUCUAUAUGCACUGCCAGCUCGAGCUGUGUCUCACAAAGAAACACAACUGUGUACCGGUGUGCUCCUCAGGUAAAAGAAGACGUAGGUUUGCCAGAUCCACUUACAGCAAGGGAGAAUCAGCUUACAUCAGCAUGGGCUGGA